GACGCAGCGCUGCGUCUGUCGGUAAACCACGUGACUUCCAACGCCUACUUCCGCUAGACACGCCCCUCAGCGGUCUGGGUGGUUCCUGACGUUCCACCGGGGGAACCAGACCCGCCUGACUGCCUACGGACGAGCUUCUAUCCUGCAUCAUGUCUCAGAAGGGAGGAACCCGAGGAACGGAGGUUCUGAUGGAGGCCUCCAUCAUCCGCAUUCCCCCCCACCACUACAUCCAUGUGUUGGACCAGAACACCAACAUCGCCCGGGUGGAGAUCGGACCGCUCACCUACAUCCGGCAGGACAACGAGAGGGUCCUGUUCUCUCCGGUCCGGAUGAUCAUGGUUCCGCCUCGUCACUACUGCGUGGUCAUCAACCCGGUUGCUCGUGGUGAUGACCAGCAGGUCCGUUUUGACCAAUCGGGUCAGGCUAAGCUUCGCCACGCCGACCUGGAGAUCCGCCUCACGCAGGACCCGUUCCCCCUGUACCCAGGAGAGGAGGUCCAGCAGAACGUGACUCCUCUGCAGAUCGUGUAUCCCGACACGGCGCUGCGUCUCCAGGCUCUGCUGGACUUUGAGGAGGUGGGAGGAGUCAAGAGGGUGGCAGGAGACGAGUGGCUGUUUGAGGGACCAGGGACCUACAUCCCCAGGAAAGAGGUGGCCGUGCUGGAGACCAUCAAGGCCACGGUGAUCCGAGAGAACCAGGCCAUCAGACUGAGGGCUCGCAAGGAGGGGGUGGACCGAGAGGGGGUCCGCCGGGUCACAGGUGAGGAGUGGCUGGUCAGUAAGGUGGGGGCUUACCUUCCAGGAGCCCACGAAGAAGUCCUCGACAUUGUGAACGCUUUCAUCUUGACAGACAAGAAAGCGCUCCACGUUCGUGCCCUGCGCUCCUUCAAGGACGCCGGGGGGCGGGACCGGCGCACGGGGGAGGAGUGGCUUGUCACCAUGGCGGAGCGGGAGGCCCACAUCCCGGCGGUGGCGGAGGAGGUGGUGGGGGUGGUGGAGGUGACCACGCUGAGCAGCCGGCAGUACUGCGUCAUUCUGGACCCAGUCGGCGCCGAUGGGAAACCUCAACUGGGUCAGAAGAGGGUGGUGAAGGGCGAGCGCUCGUUUUUCCUGCAGCCAGGCGAGCACCUUGAAAGCGGCAUCCAGGACGUGUACGUGCUGUCGGAGGGAGGUCUGGUGCUGAGAGCCGUAGAGCGUCAUGACAGCGAGCAGGUGAGGGAGAGUAGAGAAGAGGAGGAGGAGGAGGAGGAAGAGGAGCGUGAGAGGGCAAAGCGCUCGCGGAGGUGUGACGUCCUCCGUCGCCCUGGCGACCGCUGGAUGCUGCGCGGCCCCCUGGAGUACGUCCCCCCCGCCGCUGUGGAGGUGGUGCUGAGACGACAAGCAAUCCCAUUGGACGAGAACGAAGGCAUCUACGUCAGGGACAUCAAGACGGGGAAGGGACGGGCCUUUAUGGGUCACACUUUCAUGUUAACCCAGGAGGGGGAGCCAUGCCCACAGGCGCUCCCCCCCAAGGCGGAGACCUGUCAGGUUUCCAAUGGGUCCCGCCGGGCCGAUCGUUCCGACCUCCCCAGAACCGGACAGGGCUUCCGGAGGAACAACACCAGGGGGCAUUCCUCCCGGAUCCCCCCCAACGCCCCCGUGCAGGUGUAUGACUACGGGGAGAAGGCGGCCAGGGUACUGUUUGGACCGGAGAUGGUGAUGUUGGGACCUGACGAGCAGUUCACCAUGCUGUCGCUCUCCGGGGACAAACCCAAGAGGGCCAACGUCAUCAAGGCCAUCUGCCUGCUGCUGGGGCCCGACUUCUUCACCGAUGUCAUCACCAUCGAGACCGCUGACCACGCCCGCCUUCAGCUGCAGCUCUCCUACAACUGGCACUUUGACGUGAAGUUCCCGGUGAGCUCGGCCGAUGCGGCGGCUUUGUUUUCAGUCCCCGACUUCGUGGGAGAUUCCUGCAAAGCCAUCGCCUCCCGGGUGCGAGGAGCUGUAGCGUCUGUGCAGUUCGACGACUUCCACAAGAACUCCAACCGGAUCAUCUGCUCGGCCGUGUUCGGCUUUGACGACAAGCUGGCGGUUCGUCCCAACCUUCGCUUCAGCCAGAACAACCUGAUGAUCAGCAGCGUGGACAUCCAGUCUGUGGAGCCCGUGGACCAGAGGACACGGGACGCCCUGCAGAAGAGCGUGCAGCUGGCCAUCGAGAUCACCACCAACUCCCAGGAGGCCGCCGCCCGCCACGAGGCGGAGCGCCUGGAGCAGGAGGCCCGGGGGAAGCUGGAGAGGCAGAGGAUCAGCGACCAGGCCCAGGCUGAGCGAGCCAGGAAGGAGCUGCUGGAGCUGGAGGCGCUCAGUGCUGCGGUGGAGAGCACAGGAGCCGCCACCGCCGAAGCUCAGUCUCGCGCCGAGGCGGCUCGUAUUCAGGGCGAGGCGGCGGUGAACGAGGCCAAACUGAAGGCCGAAGCUCAGAGCAUCGAGGCGGAGGCGGAGCUUCAGCGCCUGGCGAAGGCCCGUGAGCAGGAGCUGAGCUACAAGAAGCAGAUGGACAAUCUGGACGUGGACAAGCAGAAGAACCUGGCUCACAUUGAGAGUCAGCGCUUCAGUCAACUGGUGGAGAGCCUGGGCAGCGACACGCUGAAGGAGAUCGCCAGAGCCGGGCCUGAGCUGCAGGUGAAGAUGCUGCAGGCUCUGGGCCUGAAGUCGACUCUCAUCACGGACGGGUCGUCGCCCAUUAACCUGUUCACCACCGCAAACGGCCUGCUGGGGGCGCUGUCGGGUCAGGGGGAGAUGCAGUGAGAAGACGGGGAGAGGGGGAGACGUGGGGAAUAGAUUGUCCAAAAGUAAACCUCAACAGAUUCUCUCCGUCUUUCUGAAGGCCGUCUUAAGCGUUCUUGUGUGGCAUUUUAGAUCACGACCAUCCGUUAGCGCUGUUAGCUCGCAGGCUCUGAAUGUUGCAUGUGUUCACUUUUUAAAGCAAAACAAUGUGCCUUUUUUAUUCACAGAUGUGCUCGAUGGGUUUGCUAAAUGUCAGAUCCUACAAAGUGCAUCUUAAUCUGUCGUCAUCGGAAAACUGUAGAACUGCGACACUAUAAAUGAAACCAAACGUUUAACUGACAGAAUAUAAUCUAAAGUGAGACGUGAGCCAGGCGCUCCCUUCCCAUGUGACCCUUUUUGCACUUUUCUCUCGUCAAAAGAAGGAGAAUCAGAGGUUUACUUGUGGCCAUGAAGACGGCUUAUUGUGCCUAAGAAAGUCGUACAAGCUGACGGCCAAAGAUCCCUGUUUUCUGCUACUUGACCUGCGUGUUUAUUUCAUUCCGUCUGUCCUUCUCUGCCUUAUGUUUCUACAUAAAGAACAUUAAAUCCUG